AUGUCCAUAGAGGGUCAGAAAACUUGGAUAGAGAAAACAUUCUGCAAACGGGAAUGUAUCUAUGUAAUUCCUAGCACUAAAGACCCAAAUAGGUGUUGUUGUGGCCAGCUCACCAACCUACAUAUUCCUCCUCUGCCAAGCUUAACACCUAGCAAAAAUGGAGAGGAAAACAAACAAGUGGAGAUACAACCUGAAAAAUGGUCUGUCAGCAAGCAUACCCAGAGCUACCCCACUGACUCAUAUGGGACUCUGGAAUUCCAAGGUGGUGGAUACUCCAACAAAGCCAUGUAUAUCAGAGUAUCCUAUGACACCAAGUCAGACUCUCUGCUUCAUCUCAUGGUGAAAGACUGGCAGUUGGAGCUCCCCAAGCUUUUGAUAUCUGUGCAUGGAGGCCUCCAGAAUUUUGAGAUGCAGACCAAACUGAAGCAGGUCUUUGGGAAGGGCCUCAUCAAGGCCGCUAUGACCACUGGGGCCUGGAUUUUCACCGGAGGAGUCAGCACUGGUGUCAUCAGCCAUGUAGGGGAUGCCUUGAAAGAUCACUCCUCCAAAUCCAGGGGACGAGUCUGCGCUAUCGGAAUUGCUCCAUGGGGCAUCGUGGAGAACAAGGAAGACUUAGUUGGAAAGGAUGUCAACAGAGUGUACCAGACCAUGUCCAACCCUCUAAGUAAACUCUCUGUGCUCAACAACUCACACACUCACUUCAUCCUGGCCGACAACGGCACCUUGGGCAAAUACGGUGCUGAGGUGAAGCUACGUAGACAACUAGAAAAGCACAUCUCACUUCAGAAGAUCAACACAAGACUGGGGCAGGGUGUGCCUGUCGUGGGCCUCAUAGUUGAAGGGGGCCCUAAUGUGGUUUCCAUUGUCCUGGAAUACCUCCGAGAAGACCCUCCAGUCCCCGUGGUGGUUUGUGAUGGCAGCGGACGGGCCUCAGACAUUCUGUCAUUUGCACACAAGAUCAUAAAUGAAUCACUAAGAGAUCAGCUCCUCGUUACCAUUCAGAAAACAUUCAAUUACAGCAAGACACAGUCACAUCAGCUGUUUGCAAUGAUAAUGGAGUGCAUGAAAAAGAAAGAGCUGGUGACUGUAUUUCGGAUGGGCUCUGAAGGCCAGCAAGAUGUCGAGAUGGCUAUUUUAACAGCACUGCUGAAAGGAACAAAUGCAUCUGCUCCUGACCAGCUGAGCCUGGCCCUGGCAUGGAACCGUGUCGACAUAGCACGAAGUCAGAUCUUUGUGUUUGGACCCCACUGGCCGCCCUUGGGAAGCUUAGUACCCCCAACGGAUAGCAAGGUCACAGAGAAGGAGAAGAAGCCACCCACAGCAACCACCAAGGGAGGCAGAGGAAAAGGGAAAGGCAAGAAAAAAGGGAAAGUGAAAGAGGAAGUAGAAGAAGAAACUGAUCCCAGGAAAAUUGAGCUACUGAAUUGGGUGAAUGCUCUGGAGCAAGCGAUGCUUGAUGCACUUGUGUUAGAUCGUGUGGACUUUGUGAAGCUUCUGAUUGAAAAUGGAGUGAACAUGCAGCACUUCCUCACCAUUCCAAGGCUGGAAGAGCUUUAUAACACAAGGCUUGGUCCACCAAACACACUUCAUCUGCUGGUGAGAGAUGUCAAAAAGGGAAACCUUCCGCCUGAUUACCACAUCAGCCUCAUCGACAUAGGGCUGGUGCUUGAGUACCUCAUGGGAGGAGCCUACCGCUGCAACUACACUCGCAAAAGUUUUCGGACCCUUUACAACAACUUAUUUGGGCCAAAGAGGCCUAAAGCUCUUAAACUUCUGGGAAUGGAAGAUGAUGAACCUCCAGCCAAAGGGAAGAAGAAGAAAAAGAAGAAGAAGGAGGAAGAGAUCGACAUUGAUGUGGAUGACCCUGCAGUGAGCCGUUUCCAGUACCCUUUCCAUGAGCUGAUGGUGUGGGCUGUGUUGAUGAAGCGCCAGAAGAUGGCGGUCUUCCUCUGGCAAAGGGGAGAGGAGAGCAUGGCCAAGGCCCUGGUAGCCUGCAAACUCUACAAAUCCAUGGCUCAGGAGUCCUCUGAGAGUGAGCUGGUGGACGACAUCUCCCAAGAUUUGGACAACAAUUCAAAAGACUUCGGCCAGCUUGCUGUAGAGUUGCUAGAUCAGUCCUAUAAGCAUGAUGAGCAGAUAGCCAUGAAACUUCUGACUUACGAGCUGAAAAAUUGGAGUAACUCAACCUGCCUCAAGCUGGCAGUAGCUGCCAAACAUCGAGACUUCAUAGCCCACACCUGCAGCCAGAUGCUGUUGACUGAUAUGUGGAUGGGAAGGCUGCGGAUGAGGAAAAACCCUGGUCUCAAGGUUAUAGUAGGGAUUCUUCUUCCUCCCACCAUCUUGUUUUUGGAAUUUCGCACCUAUGAUGACUUCUCAUUUCAAACAUCCAAGGAAAAUGAAGAUGGCAAGGAAAAGGAAGAAGAGAACACGGGUGUAAAUGCAGAUGCUGGUUCAAGGAAGGGGGAUGAAGAGAAUGCGCACAAGAAGCAAAGAAGUAUUCCCAUUGGAACAAAGAUCUGUGAAUUCUACAAUGCACCCAUUGUCAAGUUCUGGUUUUAUACAAUCUCAUACUUGGGCUAUCUCCUGCUUUUUAAUUAUGUCAUCCUGGUGCGGAUGGACCGCUGGCCCUCAAUCCAGGAGUGGGUUGUCAUCUCCUAUAUUGUGAGCCUGGCCUUAGAGAAAAUUCGAGAGAUUCUCAUGUCAGAACCGGGCAAACUCAGUCAGAAGAUAAAAGUUUGGCUUCAGGAGUACUGGAACAUCACUGACCUUGUGGCCAUCUCCGUGUUCAUAAUUGGAGCAAUUCUUCGCCUACAGAAUCAACCAUAUAUGGGCUAUGGUCGCGUCAUCUACUGUGUGGACAUCAUCUUCUGGUACAUCCGUGUCCUGGACAUAUUCGGUGUCAACAAGUACCUGGGGCCCUAUGUGAUGAUGAUUGGAAAAAUGAUGAUCGACAUGCUGUAUUUUGUGGUCAUCAUGCUGGUCGUGCUGAUGAGUUUUGGAGUGGCCCGUCAAGCCAUUCUGCACCCAGAUGAGGAACCUUCUUGGAGACUAGCCCGAAAUAUCUUCUACAUGCCCUACUGGAUGAUCUAUGGCGAGGUGUUUGCAGACCAGAUAGACCUCUAUGCCAUGGAAAUAAAUCCUCCCUGUGGUGAAAACCUGUAUGAUGAGGACGGCAAGCGGCUCCCGCCCUGUAUCCCAGGUGCCUGGCUCACCCCCGCCAUCAUGGCAUGCUACCUGCUGGUAGCCAAUAUCUUGCUGGUGAACCUGCUGAUUGCAGUUUUCAAUAAUACCUUCUUUGAAGUAAAGUCCAUAUCCAACCAAGUGUGGAAAUUUCAGAGGUACCAGCUGAUUAUGACAUUUCAUGAUCGACCAGUCUUACCACCACCAAUGAUCAUUUUAAGCCACAUCUACAUUAUCAUUAUGCGUCUUCGUGGUCGCUGCAGGAAAAGAAGAGAAGGGGACCAGGAUGAACGGGAUCAUGGAUUGAAGCUGUUCCUGAGUGAGGAUGAGCUGAAGCGGCUGCAUGAGUUUGAGGAGCAGUGCGUGCAGGAGCAUUUCCAGGAGAAGGAGGACCAGCAGCAGUCAUCCAGUGACGAGCGCAUCCGUGUCACCUGUGAGAGAGUUGAAAAUAUGUCAAUGAGGCUUGAAGAAGUCAAUGAAAGAGAAAACUUUAUGAAGGCUUCCCUACAGACUGUGGACCUUCGACUUUGUCAACUAGAAGAAUUAUCUAGCAGAAUGGUGAAUGCUCUUGAAAAUCUUGCCGGAAUUGACAAGUCUGACCUAAUACAGACACGAUCUCGAGCUUCUUCUGAAUGUGAUGCAACUUUUCUUCUAAGGCAAAGUAGUAUCAACAGUGCUGAUGGCUACAGCAUGUACAGAUACCAUUUUAAUGGAGAAGAGUUAUUGUAUGAGGAUACUUCUCUCUCCAUGUCACCAGCAAGAAAAUUAAUGAAAAAAGCUUGUUCUUUCCGCACAAAGGAAGAAAAAGACACAAAAAUCCAUCUGGUGCCUGAGCAUCAGGACAGCCAUCACCUUUUACCUAGCCCAAGCCCACCAGACAGCAGUAGACUUACAUCAGACAACUCUGAGAAUCUACCAGAGCCAAAAUUAGGUCCAGACAUUGGGAUUUCAAGAGAGGAUGAUGGAAUGCAGGCAGACUUUACAAGAGAAGAAACUGAUCAAAUAGAUAACAUACAAGAACAGAAUAAACCAGAUUUUCAAAGCACUCAGCUAACAGUGGAUACGACAAAGGAAGAAGGCAUUGUUUCCUAUCCUUCGGAAGAAAAAAAAAUUACCCACUAUCACCCUGAUGACACUUUCAACACUUCUAAAACAAUGAAAUCCAAAAGCUUUGUGUAUUCUCAUGGAGGAAAGCUGGUCAGUGGGGUUAACAACUGGAGUGCAAAAUACAGUUCAAUGCUGGACCACACAGGGCCCCCUACAGUACAACAAUGGACAACAGAAUGGAAAUGUCAAGUUCAAAAGAUCACACGGUCUUGUAGCACAGAUAUUCCCUUUAUUGUGUCUGAAGCUGCAGUGCAAGCUGAGCAAAAAGAACAGUAUGCAGGUACUGACGCUGAAAGUUAUGUUUCUAAAAGAUUCUCUCAAGUCUCUCUCUUACCCCUAGCUGGUACUGACAGAACAGAAAAGGAAAACUUACUGUCUGUGAAACCACAUCAAGCUUUUGGAUUCCCAUCUAUGAGGUCAAAAAGUCUGCAUGGCCAUCCUAGGAUUGCUAAGUCCAUGCAGUGUAAAUUAGACCGAUCAGGACUUGCCAGCAGUGCGACUAACUUGAUGGUUGUAUCUGGAAUAACAACAGAAGGACAAAAGGCUAAGCAAGAGAAAGCUUCCACAGACUGA